AUGGCCUUUCCAGUCCACAGAAAUGGAAACCUCUCAGUGGUGCCCUUGAGGGAGUUUGUGCUGGUAGGAUUUGGGGGCAGUGCAGAGACACAGACCCUGCUCUUUGCUGUCUUCCUGGCCCUGUAUGUGGUGACCAUCCUGGGAAACCUGACCAUGAUCGUGGUCAUCACCCUGGAUGCCCGCCUGCACUCCCCCAUGUACUUCUUCCUCAAGAACCUGUCCUUCCUUGACCUCUGCUACUCCUCUGCCAUAGCCCCCAAAGCCCUGGCCAUCUUCCUCUCCUCCAAGGUCACCAGUUUUGAGGCCUGUGCCACACAGUUUUUCUUCUUCUCCUUGUUGGCUACUAUGGAGGCUUUCCUCUUAGCCGUGAUGGCCUAUGACCACUUCCUGGCCAUCUGCAGUCCCCUGAGGUACCCUGUGACCAUGUGCCCUAUUGCCCGUGCCCUCCUGGUUCUGGGCACCUACUGUGGAGGCUGCCUGAACUCCAUCGUGCAGACCAGCCUCACAUUCCGGCUGCCCUUCUGCAGCUCCAACCGCAUCGACCACUUCUGUGAUGGUGUCAACCCCCUGUUCUGGCUUGGCUGUGCCAGUACGGCCCUCAGUAAGAUGCUGUACAGGAAAGGACACCAUCAUUUAGGCAAAGAGAGAGCCUAG